AUGGCUGCUUACACGCUGAAAUGGGGCAUCAUGGCCACGGGUGGCAUAGCAACCACCUUCGUCAAGGACCUGCUCAACGACCCCAAGACCCGUGACGUGCACGACGUCACCCAUGAGGUUGUCGCUGCAGCCUCGUCCUCGUCCAAGUCGCGAGCCGAAACCUUCUUCAAGGACUGCGGCGUGCCAGGAUCCCCCAAGGCGUACGGGUCAUACGCCGAGCUGGUCGCCGACCCGGACGUGCAGAUUAUCUACGUGGCCACGCCCCACAGCCACCACUUCCAGAACGCCAUGCUGGCUCUCGAGGCCGGCAAGAACGUGCUCUGCGAGAAGGCGCUGACCGUGAACGCCUCGCAGGCCAAGAAGCUGGUGGCCAAGGCCAGGGAGAAGAACCUCUUCUUCAUGGAGGCCGUGUGGACGCGAUACUUUCCCCUGAGUAUCAAGAUCCGGGAGUUGAUCACGUCCGGGGAGAUUGGGACCGUCUACCGGGUCACUGCCGACAACUCUUUCAACAAUAACAAGCCAGACGGCUCGCUGGAAUUCGACGACUCCCAUCGCAUGGUCAAUACGAACCUGGCCGGCGGCGCCUUACUCGACCUGGGCAUCUACUCGCUGACCUGGUUGUUCCAGACCCUGUACCACCUGCAAGAGGACAAGGAAGUCCCCAAGGUGGUGGCCAGCAUGAACAAGUACCGAACCGGCGCCGACGACAAUACGACCCUCGUCCUGGCUUUCCCGCAGCACAAGCAGAUGGGCAUCGCGACCACCGGGCUGAGGGCGGCGUCCGACAUUGAUGGGCUGGGCACGGCGGGGCCGGCCAUGAGGAUCCAGGGAUCCGAGGGCGAGAUCCAGGUCGCGGCACCGGCCUACCGCCCGCUGCAGUACAAGGUUAUCCGGAAGGCCCAGCCGGGCAAGGUCGAGGCUGUCGACUGCCCAAUUCCCCAGGACAAGGCGAGGAACUGGGGACAUGGCAUGUUCUGGGAGGCCGACGAAUGCGCCCGGUGUCUCCGAGAUGGCAAGCUCGAGAGCGUUACGUUGCCCUGGCAGGAGUCCAUUGUCAUCAUGGAAGUCAUGGAGGAGGCCCUGAAGCAAGGGGGCAUCGAGUACCCGGCGCUCAUCACGUCGGACGUAUUCGACGCAAAGAGCCCCCUGAACACUGGCAACCAGUAG